AUGGAGGGAGAGAAAGAGACUCGUUGGUCAUAAGAGGAUACCCUAUCGAUGUGUUAAGCUUCACCAGUUGAUUUAUAUGGAAUCUGUGAUUCAGUAAAGUGACAGAAUUCAGACUUUGUUCGAGUGGAGAAAUUAUUCUAACAAUGCUUUUUUUAAGUCUAUUGUAUAUCUUUUUUGUGUUGUAGUCUAAACACAGUUACAGUCUCCAAGGUGUUUAAUUCUCAUCGCUGUUCUCAUCUGCUGUACACAUCUGUACUGUAGUGAGGUCUCCAGUCUACUAUGGAUGAGGAGAGAGAGGAGGGGGGUCCUACCUCUAAGACCACUCUGUCUGGGGAACAUGGCCGCCAGAGCAAAGCUAAGAGCCCAGUGCAGCAGCAGAGAGCAGUCUCCCCUGGACCCAGCUGUGUCUCCUUGAAGAGUGACCGGUCUAUGGACAAACCUCCUACUUUUAAAGAUGGACGCCCCUCCAGAGAGGAGAGAAGGUGGCAGGAGAGAGCAGACUCCCCUGGACCCAGCUGUGUCUCCAUGAAGAGUGACCACUCUAUGGAUCCACCUGCUACCUUUAAAGAUGGACAUCAGUCUAUUGAGAAGAGACACCAGGAGAGGUCAAAGGUCACCAGUGCUCAGCCUGUACAGCAGCAUCUAACAGAGCUGAUGAAACAGGAGGAACUGGCUGACACACUGGGCGGAUCAGCUGCUGUCAAGUGCCAACAUAAAAUCAAGUCUAAUUUAAAGAAGAAGUUCAGGUCUGUGUUUGAGGGAAUCGCUAAAGCAGGACAGCAAACACAUAUGAACGACUUCUACACAGAGAUCUUCAUCACAGAGAGAGGCAGCGGAGAGGUCAACAAGGAACAUGAGGUCAGACUGAUUGAAACCGCUUCCAGGAAACCAGCCAAAGAAGAAACACCAAUCAGAUGUGAGGACAUCUUUAAACCCUUACCUGGACAAGAUCAACCAAUCAGGACAAUAAUGACAACUGGAGUGGCCGGCAUUGGUAAAACCGUCUUAACACAGAAGUUCACCCUGGACUGGGCUGAAGGCAAAACCAACCACGACAUAGACUUCACAUUUCUCCUCACUUUCAGAGAGCUGAACUUACAGAAAGGGAAAGAGUUUAGCUUGGUGGAACUCCUUCAUCAUUUCUUUAUUGAGACCAAAUAUGCAGGAAUCUGCAGAUUCGACCUGUUCCAAGUUGUAUUCAUCUUGGAUGGUCUGGAUGAAUGUCGACUUCCUCUGGACUUUCAGAGAAACCCGAUCUGGACUGAUGUCACAAAGUCCACCUCGGUGGACGUGCUGCUGACCAACCUCAUCAGGGGCGACCUGCUUCCCUCCGCUCGCAUCUGGUUAACCACGCGCCAAGUGGCAGCCAAUCAGAUCCCUGCUGAGUGUGUUGGCAUGGUGACAGAGGUGAGGGGGUUCACCAACCCACAGAAGGAGGAGUACUUCAGGAAGAGAUUCAAAGACGAGACACUGGCCAGCACAAUCCUCUCCCACGUCAAGAAAUCACGAAGCCUCCACAUCAUGUGUCACAUCCCAGUCUUCUGUUGGAUCACUGCUUCCGUUCUGGAGGACCUCUUCAAAACAUCCCAGAUAGAAGAGAUGCCCAAGACCUUGACUCAGAUGUACAGCCACUUCCUGAGGGUUCAGUCCAUACAGGGGGACAGGAAGUACCAUGGGAGGGCUGAAACAGAUCCAGACUGGAGUUCAGAAAGCAGGGAGAUCAUUGUUUCUCUGGGAAAACUUGCUUUUAACCAGCUGGAGAAAGGAAACCUGAUCUUCUAUGAGGCAGACCUGACAGACUGUGACAUUGAUAUCACAGCAGCCUCAGUGUACUCAGGAGUGUUCACCCAGAUCUUUAAAGAGGAGUGUGGGCUGUACCAGGACAAGGUGUUCUGCUUUGUCCAUCUGAGCAUCCAGGAGUUUCUGGCUGCCCUUUAUGUCUUUCAGUCCUUCAUCAACACUGGGGUCAACCUGCUCACAGAAGAACCACCAACCUCCAGGGAAGAUGAACUCCUCCUCUACCAGAGUGCUGUGGACAAGGCCUUACAGAGUGAGAACGGACACCUGGACUUGUUCCUCCGCUUCCUUCUAGGCCUCUCUCUAGAGCCCAAUCAGAUUCUCCUACAAGGUCUGCUGGGAAAAAAAGGAAGGGACUCCCAGACCAAUAAGAAAACAGUGUCUUACAUCAAGGAGAAGAUUGGUGGAGAUCUCUCUCCAGAGAAAAGCAUCAAUCUGUUCCACUGUCUGAAUGAGCUGAACGACAGUUCUCUAGUGGAGGAGAUCCAACGGUUCCUGACAUCAGGAAGUCUCUCCACAGGAUCGCUCGCUCUUGCUCAGUGGUCAGCGCUGGUCUUCAUCUUACUGUCAUCAGAAGAGGAGCUGGACGUGUUUGACCUGAAGAAAUACUCUGCUUCAGAGGAGGGUCUUCUGAGGCUGCUGCCAGUGGUCAAAGCCUCAACAACGUCUCUGCUGAAUGGCUGUCAGCUGUCAGAGACAUUCUGUGAAGAUCUGGCCUCAGUUCUCAGCUCCUCUAGUCUGAGAGAGCUGGACCUGGGUACCAAUGAUCUGAAGGAUUCAGGAGUGAAGCUGCUCUCUGCUGGACUGGAGAGUCCACACUGUACACUGGAAACCCUCAGGCUGAAUCGCUGUCAUCUGUCAGAGAGAUGCUGUGAAGCUCUGGCCUCAGUUCUCAGCUCCUGUAGUCUGAGAGAGCUGGAUCUGAGUACCAAUGAUCUGAAGGAUUCAGGAGUGAAGCUGCUCUCUGCUGGACUGGAUAGUCCACACUGUACACUGGAAAUUCUCAGGCUGAAUGGCUGUAAUCUGUCAGAGAGAUGCUGUGAAGCUCUGGCCUCAGUUCUCAGCUCCAACUCCUCUAGUCUGAGAGAGCUGGACCUGGGUACCAAUGAUCUGCAGGAUUCAGGAGUGAAGCUGCUCUCUGCUGGACUGGGGAGUCCACACUGUACACUGGAAACUCUCAGCUUGUCUGGCUGCCUGGUCACACAGGAAGGCUGUGCUUCUCUGGCCUCAGCUCUGAGCUCCAACCCCUCCCAUCUGAGAGAGCUGGACCUGAGCUACAAUCACCCAGGAGACUCUGGAGCUGCGCUGCUCUCUGCUGGACUGGAGGAUCCACGCUGGAGACCGGACACUCUCAGUGUGGAGCACGGUGGAGUGUGGAGGCUGAAACCAGCUCUAAAGAAGUAUGCUUGUGACCUCACACUGGACCCCAACACGGCCUACAGUCGACUCUCUCUGUCUGAGGACAACAGGAAGGUGACGGUGGUUGAAGAGGACCAGUCGUAUCCGGAUCACCCAGAGAGAUUCGACCACUGGGAGCAGGUGUUAGGUAGAGAGGCUCUGACUGGCCGCUGUUACUGGGAGGUAGAGUGGGAAGGAGAUGUUGGUAUAGGAGUGACAUACAGAGGAAUCACAAGGAGAGGAGUGGGUGAUAGCUGGCUUGGAGAGAACAACAAGUCCUGGAGGCUUGAUUGUCGUGAUGAUCGAUACUAUGCCCGGUACAACCGUAGUGGAACACUCCUACCUCUCCCCCCCGCUGGCUCCACCAGAGUAGGAGUGUAUCUGGACCGGCCUGCUGGCUCUCUGUCCUUCUACAGAGUGUCCCCAGGUGGAGGAGGGUCCUCAGACCCACUGACACACCUCCACACCUUCCUGUCCCCCUUCAUCCAGGAGGACAUCCUCCCUGGGUUUGUGUUCUGGGGGGUCGGUGCCUCAGUGUCUCUGUGUAAGUUAUAAUCUCUCUCUCUGUCUCUCUCUCUCUGGGUGCACUCACACUAGGCCACCUGGCCGUGGCCGUCGGCCGUCGCAGCUGUGGCCUGGCCACGGUAGGCUCUUGUACAUACGUCAUCACGUCGUAACACGUCAUCACCAAGCGUCCGCUGCAUGGAACAUAAUAAAGUCUGCCGCCAGUCAGAGUUUUAACAACAAUGGACAACAACACAGAGAACACACCAACAGUUGAACCGCUUGACACCAUGUUUACCGUUUAAUGGGAAUGAAGGCUUGUCGCCUUUUAUUAUGUCCAUGGUCGUCGCAUGGACUAUACGUCAUCCAGCUCAGGUUGCGUAGCCGUGCGUGUGCGCGUGUCGGCUCAUUAGCAUCUGUACCGUGGCGGCCCGUACCGUAGCAGCACACCUCUCCCAAGUGGCCAAAUUGGCCUGGCCUGGCCAGACUGGCCACACUCACACUGGCAGAUUUGAGCACGGUUAGGUGCUAAAACGGCCACGGCCAGAUGGCCUUGUGUGAGUGCAACCGCUGUCUCUCUCUCUCUCUCUCUCUGUCUCUGUCUCUGUCUCUGUCUCCGUCUGUCUCUCUCUCUCUCUGUCUGAGGAUACACACACGCAUAUAAUAACACACGAGUGCGCACUCAUUACACACGCAUGUGCCUACACAUGCAAACACGCGUGCCCGCACACACACAUGCUAUUUAAAUCCACAUAUGUACAGACACACGCACACAUAUCAAGGCACGCAAACACACACAUAUAAACGCACGCACACACAAAAACACACAUGCGCGAGCACACACAAAACGCUUAUAUAAAUACACAAGACACGUAUGUAUGAACACACACAUGCAUAUAUGAACCCAUACACAUAUAUGAAUACACACGCGCACGCUCACACACAUACACAAAUUAUAUAAACACACACAUACAUGCAUAUGUAAAAACACACACACACACACAUGAACACUCAAAUAUGCACACAUACAAACAUGCGCACACACGCAUGCAGAUAUGAACACACACACACGGAGAUAUGAACAAACACACACACACAUGCAUUUGCAAUGAACACCCACACAGACUACACACUCAUGUAUAUAUAUAAACACACACACACUGUUUCAGUGUUCUAAAUUCAUAUACAUUUUCUUGGGCUUCUGAUAGUUGAUCUUGAUUAACCCUGAAAGGAAGCGACUUCAAGAUCUUCCAUGAGGUUAACUAAGCAGAUAUCAGUUUAUAUUUUGAUAAGCCUUACAUGGAACCUGAUUUUAAAGCAGAUUUAAUAUUAUUUUCAUAAUGCCAGCGGUCUGGGAAAAGUUAUAGAUCAUGUUGUGAUGACUUUAAACUGAGUAUUGAUUCCUUGUGUUCUGUGGGGAACAACACAGCAGCAGAACAUGUUCAGUUAUUAAAGAUAUGUGCACACCUGUUUAUGAAUA